UGCUGCAGGGGGAGGAAGACCGGGAGGAGGAGCCCUGCGCGACGGCGGCGGCGACAGCGGCGGCGGUGGCUGCGGCCACCAGGGGAGCCCAGCGCCGGGGCGCGGGGAGUGCAGGAGCAGAGCGGUGGCCCGAAGCAGGGCCACGGGCCGCGCUGCCGAUUGGCCAACGGCUCCUUUCAACCCUGCCUCGUUGGUGGCCACUGGAGAAGCGCGGGGGGCUCCCCAGACAGCCGUGGGGACAAGUUAGAGCCAGCACUUUACCCCGGGCCUCGCGUGUAGAUUCCCUUCCCCUGCUCUAGGUGCCCCCGUGUCUGGAGAGGGGUGCAGGGGUGUGCCCUCCUUACAUGUUCCAGUACCCGGGCAACCCUCUGGGCUCGUGUUCCAUCUCGCUCUUGCUUCCUGCACAGUGGUCAAGGGGAACCACUUUGCAUCAUGUCCCGCAGCGGCUGCUGGAAAGUGUGGUGGUCCUGACCCUGGCCCUGUUGGAGAUCCUGGUGGCCCUGCGGCACAUCCUGAGGCAGACGGAGGACGGUAGGGGUGGCAGUGGCAGCCAGCCACAGCAGGUGACCCAGCGGCCCGAUGAAGGCAAGGAGAGCCUGAGCAAGAAUCUGCUCUUAGUAGCCCUGUGCCUGACCUUCGGGGUGGAGCUGGGCUUUAAGUUCGCCACCAAGACCGUCAUCUACCUGCUCAACCCCUGUCACCUGGUCACCAUGAUGCAUAUCUUCCUCCUGGCCUGUCCUCCAAGUCCGGGAGCUAUCGUGGUCUUCAAGUUACAGAUGCACAUGUUGAAUGGGGCUCUUCUGGCAUUGCUUUUUCCUGUGGUAAAUACCCGGCUGCUUCCCUUUGAAUUGGAGAUUUACUACAUUCAGCAUGUCAUGCUCUACGUGGUGCCCAUCUACCUGCUUUGGAAAGGAGGUGCUUACACCCCAGAGCCCCUCAGCAGUUUCCGGUGGGCUCUUCUCUCAACUGGCCUCAUGUUCUUUUAUCACUUCAGCAUUCUACAGAUCCUCGGCCUGGUCACCGAAGUGAAUUUGAACAACAUGCUGUGUCCGGCCAUCUCAGACCCAUUCUACGGCCCCUGGUAUCGCAUCUGGGCCUCGGGACACCAGACUCUCAUGACCAUGACCCACGGGAAGCUGGUUAUCCUGUUCUCAUACAUGGCUGGGCCCUUGUGUAAAUAUCUGCUGGAUUUGCUCCGGCUUCCAGCCAAGAAAAUAGACUGAAGGUGCUUGUUUUUUCUUUUUUUUCUCCUCCCCAAGGAAGCAAGUCCUGACUUGACUUGGAGAACACCCAGUUCUUGAUGAAAUCAUGGGAGAGGGUAGUAGGAUGUUGGUGUAUUUCUUUUUUCCUCCUCUGUCCUUUUCUUCCACCACUCUUCCUUCCCCAGCUCCUCCCCCCAGGUUAGCUCCUUGCGCCUGGGGCAUGGUGUGGGCCUGGAUCUUCCCUUCUUCCUCCCCUUGGCUCUGUCUCCCUGCUCUGAGUGGCCUUAUGAGGGGAGAUGGUAGUCUGGCUCCCUUGCUCUGCUUGUUGGUGCUUUAACAACAGCUGGUUGAAGAGACAGGGAACAAAAAGCAGUAAUUCUUGCAGUAUCACAGCAGUGAGAUCAGGUUGUGUUUCAUUUCUCCACUGCCAGGGACCUCCAUGCUCAUGCUGGGAUCCCCCUUUGUCUUCAGCACAGCCCCCAUUGGAAGGGGACUCAGGCCUUUUAUCUAUACCAGCAACAAGCCCAGAGCCACGGGAUUUCCCACAUAGUGGUCAAAAUAGAACUGGCCAGAUUCUUCCCACUGGUGUCCCAUGACUCAAAGCAGGGAGCUGCCCAGCCACUCCCUCUAGGAUGCUGCCUGGGGGAGGAGUGGAGGGCACUACCAGCCUUAGGGCAAGAUUCCGCCAAGGGGCCUAUUGAACUGUGGUGAUGGUGAAUCCACAGCAAACAGGGUAGAAAUGUACACAGUGCCAGGCAGAACCCUGUGCAAACUGCCCAUGAGAGCUGAGACCUGACCCACAUCCCAAUCAGAAGUGAGCACAGGAAUUAAGAAAUCAAUCAAUGGAAGUGGUAACUUGAGAAAACUGUGAUUUGAAUCAUUCUCCACAUUCAUGUUGAUAAUAGAUACCAUCCAUAUCUCCAGUGCCCCUUCAACUCGUUCUUGUCCUCUCUUUCUGUUUCUGUGUUCUGUCUCUUAGGCAGCUUCAAGAAGAGUGAGCUGGAGUUGGGGCUUGGGGUUGUUUUACUUGUUUGUUUUUGGAUGCUUGAGUUGGGAGAACCAUUGCAUCAGGGCCUAUUUCUGGAAGGUCCUAUAGAUCCUUUUCUGGGGUUUGCAGGGUGUGGCCUCACCCUGGUUUGGGAAGCUGAGACUCCAGCCAGUGUUAUUUCCCCAGGGCCAGGUUUCUUCAGUACAGCCAGACUCUGCUGAAUUGUUCAAUGUGGGAAGUGUCACAAAUUUCCCACCCUGCCCUCUCAAAAGCCCUUGUCUAGGUCAAAAGGGAGCUGUCAAGGGAUAGGUCCCCAGGGGUUCAAGUGCUCCAAAAGGAGGAGCUUUUGUUGACAGACUUGCACUCAGUCAUUCCUGCACCUCAAGAAGUAGCUGCAUGGCUGCUGACACCUUGCUGACUCCUACUAGGGUCAGGUCUGCUUAAGAACAGAAAAGCAAGCUCCUGCAAGCCUCCCCUCCCUUCACCACUCUAGAUAUCCUCAUUGCUCUGGGCCAGUUUCAGUAUUUUAAGCUUUCUCGUAUUAGACCUAGAUUGUACUUCUGGCAAAGGUGAUCAUGAUUUUAGCAAAUGGACCUCUAGGAGGCAGUGCUAUGCAGGAGAAUCUCUGAAUAAGCUGAGACCCAGGGAAGCAACCCCAGGAGGGACCAUCCAUCAGAAGAUGCCUGCUGGCAAGAGCACAGAGAGCAGCAGAGGAGAACAUUGAGUGCCCAUGAGCCCCUUGUGAUCCAUAACCUUCAUUUCCUGCCAUCUUGGAGGCGGGGCCAAGCUUUUCUUAGCGCCUCUCACUGUAGAAGCUGGAUUCACCCUGCCCACCAUCAAGCUGCUAUAUGUAGGAGUGACUAGUGAGGAAAUGUGUGAGGUCUUGGUGCCCAUUGGCCUCUUUAGAAAAGGUGAGGGUGGAAAGAGGUUAUGAGAGGAGCCCCUGGAGACCUGGCCUGGCCCCUCCCAGAACGUGAAGCCACUAUAGGCAGAGGAUCUAUGUCUCAACUGGGGAUCAGCCCCAGAAUGCCACAGUUGUGUGACAGUAGGCCCCCUCUUCCUCCCUCUUUCUGUGCAUGGCACAGAUUUCCAGUCAUCUCGGGCUUUCCCCACACUGCCCUGGUUACAGCUCAGCAUCCCAUUUUGGCAUGUAUUUUCUGGUGCUUGGAAGGAAAGAAGAAAGUGAAAGCUACUUUCUCCUUAUACCUGUUAGGUGAAGGGGAGAAGCAAAGAGGCAGGCUGGCUCAUGAACAUGGAAGUCGAAGGAACAGAUAAUGGGCCCCAUCUAUGGGUUCCAUAAGGAGUCUUACCCUCUAUUUGGGGUAUUGGGGAGCAGUAGGCAUCAGAGCUGGUCGUGUCUCUCCCUUACCUGGGGCCAAGCCCACCUGGAGACAGGUAACCUGAUCAGAGGCAAGACAGCCUGCCUUGGGAGUGGCCCUCAUACCUGUCCCACAGCAGACUGAUGGCUGUCAGCUCUAGUACAGAAGUGAGGGAGAAGCCACAGUUUGCACACCCAGGGAUCAGAGGGCUUCCCAGUUCCUCCUCAGGGCUUUCCUGUSUGARCUGAGGCUGUUCCCCAAGCAYCCUGGCCCAGYUUCCAGAUGCUGUCUGCCAGUGUGUAAGACUAUGUGGAAGUGGCCAGCUGCCUUUCAGACAGCCCCAGGAAGGGAAACCAAUGCUCGGUCAGGCCCCCAGGUGGCCUUGGUCAAGGGUCUGAGCCAAGGAGAACAGUCUGUUGAGCUGGCCAACUUGCAACCUCCACUCUGAAUAGCAGAGAGCUGGUCGCGUCUGCUUCAGGUCCUCCCCAUAGUGUUUGGUUUUGUACACCAAAGAUCUGGCACAGCUUGCUCUGCAAGGCAGGGAUGUGUUCCUCUGUCAGCCUGUGGUGUUCUGAAGCCACAAACUCUGCCUUCCCAAACCUCUGUCUCUCUGGGGACUCGGUAGAACUCACAGAAGCUGUGUGCAGGUCCCUUGGGGUAAGCGGGGCAGCUGGCACACUUUACUGUACAGUACCUCAAUCCAGCCGUCAGAUCAUCCCUUUUGCUGUAGCCUCCAUCAGGGUUGUGAUAUGUGUGACUAUUGAUGAUUCAGUGUUUUGUGACAUGGGCACAGCUCCCCACAGAUAGCUCAGUGUCAGCAGGUCUCUGCACUGGAGUCAGAGAUGGGGGAUGCCCUGGGCAUGAGCUGGGUACUCAUGAGGUAGCAAAAGUGCCCUUCCCUCUUCCCUCUGCCUCUUCUGGAUUUGUGGGCAGUGACCUAGCACCAUCUAUCUUCUCUGGAAGAGGGGUUUCUAGAUGGUUUCUACUGAAGGGGAGGUAGAGGAGGGAGGGGAAAAGGCCAUGCAUCACACUGUAGGACAAGACACUGGUGUUGGUUUUGGUCAACUGGGAGCAGGCACAUGGGAGGGACUCCUACAGGCCCUGCAGGCUCCUUGGCAAGGCCCACACCUUGGAAGGGGCUUCCCGGUUGCAGCUCUGCCCUCUUUGAGGUGGGGAUCCUGGGAGAGGGCAUGAGCCUUCCUCUUGUGUAUAAAGAAUGAGCCCAUUUGUGCUCAGGAAAACCUAGUCUCUUGCUGUUCCCCUUGUCUGCAACAUUUUUGUACACUGGCUUGCUACUGGUGGCACUAAACGGAUACAAAAAAAAUCCCAUGAAAAACAAAACAAAACAAAAAGUCAUUUCAAGCAAAAGUGUUGUUUUGGAAACUCUUUGCUUUCUUUUAGUAUCAAUGUUGUGUAACAUUUUAAAGACUUCUGCAUUUAUAUUGGUAUUAUUGUAGCAAACAGAAUAAGAUAGGCUGAUAUGUAACUAUUUCUGCUGGGACAUUGGCAAAUGCCUCUGCCCCCCUUACUAUUCCCCAUCCUUCCUUGUUCCCAGGCUGGGAUUGCUGUGCACUGGGCCCACCCCUCCCCCACCCCUCCCGCCCCCAUGCAGUGCCUCCCUUCAGAACCAGUCUUUGUAACCUCCCUAGAUAGCAGCAGGGUGAGCCUCUUUGUCAGGCUGGUUCUUGGGUGCUCUGUGCCCCUCCCCACCACCAGUUUCCUCACUUCUUGGGAUGUUCUGUAAUGUGUUUCCUCUGUUUUGUACAACCUUUUGAUUGUAAUGAAAUGAUUUCUGCAGUCACCUUUGGAAAUAAAUUGCCCUUAAUUUGUGUAUUUAGCAUUCUGAAUCUUAGUCUCUGAUGUUUCUGUUCUUGAAGAUCCCUGA